GGACCUCCACGGCGAGGGGGCAGGGCUCAGAGCGGUUUCCUCAGACUCCGCCCCCAGCGGGGAGCCCGCGAAGCGCAAGGUCAAAUUCGCCUUGGUCCCCACCCCCAGCUUGGGGGCGGAACGGACCAGGCCCGGCCCGGAAGCGACCCAGUGUACCGAUACUCGUCUUGGUCUCUGUCUGGUCUUUGAGCUGAGGUGACAGCCCUGGUUUGGCCCAGCCGUCCCCAGAGAUUCGCCCGCUGCCACUGCGGAGCCCCGUGAGGCUCAGAUACUUCAGGCACUGCCCUGGGGAUUCAAAUGGGAGUCAGAGUGACAGAGUCUCGAUCCUCCUGGAGCCCACACAUAUCAUGAGGCAGAAGCUCCUAAUCAUACAGCAACAGAUCAUACACUGAAUUAAUUGUCACCACAGAGGAACCUUCAUGCCAUAGGCAGGGUGGCCACUGCAGGACAUGUGGAUGUGCCUGACAAGAUGAAGAACAGAAUCCCUGUGGUGCUUCUGGCCUGUGGCUCCUUCAACCCCAUCACCAACAUGCACCUGCGCUUGUUUGAGGUGGCUAGAGACCACCUGCACCAAACAGGAAUGUACCAGGUGAUAGAGGGCAUCAUCUCACCUGUUAAUGACAACUACAGGAAGAAGGACCUGGUACCUUCCCAUCACCGAGUGGCCAUGGCCCGUCUGGCCCUACAGACGUCAGACUGGAUUCGGGUGGACUCCUGGGAGAGUGAACAAGCACAGUGGAUGGAGACUGUGAAGGUGCUGAGGCAUCAUCAGAGCCAGCUGCUCAGAUCUGCAACCCAGAUGGAAGGCCUGGACCCUGGCAAGGCACCCUCAGGCCCUGCAGCUGCACCUGAGCUGAAACUCCUCUGUGGGGCAGACAUCUUGAAGACCUUCCAUACCCCCAACCUCUGGAAAGAUGCUCACAUCCAGGAAAUAGUGGAGAAGUUUGGCUUGGUGUGUGUGAGCCGGGCAGGGCAUGAUCCAGAGGGAUACAUUUUGAGUUCGCCCAUACUAUGCAAAUAUCAGCACAACAUUCAGCUGGCCAGGGAGCCAGUGCCGAAUGAGAUCAGUGCCACGUAUGUCAGAAGAGCCCUGGGCCAAGGGCAGAGCGUGAAGCACCUGCUUCCGGACACUGUCAUUGCUUAUAUCAAGGACCAUGGCCUGUAUAUGACUGACAGUUCCCAGAAAGGCAGAAGUUCCCAGGACAAUAAAGGAAAGACAAGCUAGGCAGGCCCUCAGUCCGCUACUCCACCACCCAGAACCUCCUGCAGAGGUUUUUGUUUUGCUUUGUUUUCGGUUUUCCUGGCUCUUUUGGUUUAUUACUACAAUGAUUUAACUUCUGGCGACUCUUCUACCCCAGGAAGAGAUACAUUCUGUCUGUGUGGCCAGAAAAGACAUUUAUCAAAGAAGCUAAAAUGGUGUGGCAGAGCAUCAAGAUUAGGCAGCCUUGCUUGGAGCGGCUGGACAAGGAGACUUACUUAUUUUGUGUCAGUGGUAAUUAUGGCAGGCACACCGAAUGCCAUUCUGAGCUUGCCUGGGCCCCUGAAGGUCAACUCAGAAUUGCCCACGUGCAUUUUUUAACUAGAGCCAGGUGUGGCCCACUGGUCCUGAUUGGCAGGAUUUGACAGAAUGCUAAUUACUGAACAGGGGGCCUUGUGGAUGUCCUUGUUUCAAACAGUAAUGUUAACUAAGAAGUACAAAAUUUGGAAACCACUCUUGCAUCAUAUGUUCCUUUACAAACUGUUCAACUGUUGUCUGCCUGCCUUCUGACCUUUCAUGAAAUUCAAACUAAACUCUAAGUAGUGAAUCUCAAACAAUAUUUUUGAUACAAGUAUUUUUAACACCGUUAUACUCUAAACACCAAAGCUCCUGGUGUUCAAGUUUCUAAAAGGAAACUGAGGUAAAACAGAUGCUAAUUUUAGAGAAUCUUUUUAGAAUGUUUUAUGACUGCCGGCCUGUUUGAAUAUUGGCAAAGCAAUAAAUAAUAA